AUGCACGACGUUUUUCGUAACAGAAAUCGUAAUGAUUUGUUAAUUUACUAUCAAAGGGUUAUUCAACCUUAUCAACAUUUGAAAUCAUUAUUCAAGCAAUUCAAGAUACCAAAAGUUAAUAGACGACGAAGUCAUUCACGUCAUGUGAAUUCUAGAAGAUCUAUAAAAAAAAGUGUUACAUCGAAUGAAACAGAAACAUUUUCAAGUGAUGAAGAAGAAGAAGAAAUUUUGAUUAAUCCAAAUGCCGAUAUUGAUCAUGUUGAUUUCUUGAAUGAAUCUGUAUUAAAUAAUAUCAGUGAUCUUUUUUCAUUUUGA